AUGUCGGAGAAAGGAGGCUCUCCCGCUGCGAUGCCACUGCGCUGCAAAGGGAUCUCGAAGCGUCCUCCUCCUGGCGAGCCUGGUGGCGAUCCUGGCGGCAGGGCUGACCGCUCCCGUUCGCCACCGCAAGGAGAUGAAGCAGAUUUGGACGCCUACGCCACCAUGGCCUACGUGCAGUCCCUCCAGUCGAAGAUCGACGCGAUGGAGACCUCAAUCAAAGAGUCCAUCAAUGCGACCGUCAGCACCGCCACCAAUCCCAUCUCGUUGGCGCUCAAGGCCGCCCAGGACGGCAUCGACGGGUUGGGCGCCAAGAUCGAGAAGAACGUCCACCUCGCCGUCGGCCAGCAUAUUGACGCCACGAGGAAGCACUUCCAGCAACAGCUCGACGCUUUCAACACACGCGUCGGCGAGGUGGAGGCCAAACAGGAGAAGACCGACAAAGCAAUCGAGCUCAUGGCGGAGCAGAUCAAAGCAUUGCAACGCGAGCUUGCCACGGCCAACCAGCAGCCGAUCAAACAGCAGUUCAUCAGCCGCGACUUCGACCGCGAGAUCGACGCCACGAUCAUCAAGGUCCACGCGGACGGCCUGGUCACCCUGGCCAAGGCCACCGAGUCCCUCACCAAGUUCGUGGUGGGCUGCGACAUCCGCGAGACUGACUUCACUGUCACUGGCAACGACACUGCCAAAUUCUUCACCAUCAAGUUCACGGGCCUCCCUGGCCCCGCCAGCCGCCGUGCGCAGAAAGUCCUGGACAGCAUGCGCUCGCCCAACGGCACCUGGGUGCGCGUCUACGCCGACGCUGUCUCGGGCCACGGGGCGGUCGAGCUGCGGAUGGGCCCCGACAAGUCGCCGAAGCAGAUCAAGACGGAGAUCGCGGGGAAGCGCCUCCGCCAGGCCAUGGAACGCGAGUUCCCGAACCAUGUCUGGCGCGUGGACCGCACCAAGGCCUGGAUCACUGCAGGCUGGGCCCCCGUCAUCGCGCACAGCGUCCGCCCAGGCAGGGACGAGCCGACCGUCCUCACCCAGAACCGCCUGGCCAGUGGGCCGACGCCCUGCAUGGCCGUCGGCACAUGGAACGCUCGCGCUCUCCUGGGCUACCAGGGCAGACGCGUCGUGGAGAAGUCCUCGUACCUCAAGUCCAUGCCGCUGCGCAAGAUGGUCUUGGGCAUCCAGGAGGUCCACCAGAACCGCGGCCAGCUCCUCGCCUUCAUGCGGAAGAUCGACAGCACCCUUGACAUGCACUCCUCCUUCGCUCCUGGACAUCAUGGCACUAUCAGUGGUGGGGUAGCCACUGUGUUCCCUGCUGGGAUGAACGCCGUGAGCGAUCCCGUCUUUCCUGGCCGUGUUCUACGCUCUGUCUUCCGUGUUGGCGACCAAGUGAUGAUCUUCUACAAUGUCCACAACUACGAUCUCAGCAACGCCACCAUCCAGAACAUCACCACGCGCAUCAACAGCGACCUGCAGUGGGCGAGGUCCGACCCGAGCCGCGUUGUCCUGUUCGUCACUGGGGGUUUCAAGUUCUCCGCCGUAGGGAAGCUGAAGCUCCUGGACCCUGUGGCAAAGGGCAACUCGAACCCAACUGAAACGUCCAAAGCAUCGUCGCGCAAGUGGCACAACGCCCUGAAGCACCUAGUGGAGAUCGACAGCGCCGACACCACGCACUACUGCUCCGAGGCGAAGGCCGAGACCGCCAUCGACAGAUGCUUCUGCUCGUUCAUUCCCACUCAGAUGCUGCAGCUGGCUGUCACGCCCUCCACCUUUUCCACACCUGAAGACCUCUCACGCCGUCGUGUUAGUGACCAUGCCGCCCUCUUCGUCUCCUUCACGAUGCGCGAUGCCAAACCCUCGCCGAACCAGCCGAUCGCACAGUACAUCACCGACAACUCGCUGCUCGCCUCCUUCGCUGGCACCAAGUCGCACAAGAACACAUCCAGAUCAAUGGUGGCAGCGUCGGGCUCAUCGAUCAUGCAGAGUUCGAGGAGUGGGCAAGCAACCUCUUCCGCCAAGACGCUGAACAGCGUCAAGCAGCCAUCGACCAAGCAGUUCAACGUGGGCGCCUCCAACCCGCUCAAGCACCGCCUGAUCUUGACGGGAGUCAAGAUCAGCGAGGACACCGUGACGGGCCCCAACGAGCGACUCAAGAAGCUUGUCGAGCACUGGCAGCCGGUCUUCGAGGGCAAGACCGUCGACGUGACCAAGGCCGCCGUCUACCUGAACCAGUUCUCGCCCACCAUCGAUUUCUCCAAGUACAGGCCGCCAGACUACGAGACGCUCAAGAAGUUUGCCAGGCGCUCGUCUUCCACUUCACCCGGCCUUGACGGACUGCCGUAUCUCGCCUGGUCCGCCCACGAGAAGUGCGCCGAGGUUCUCUGGGAUGUCAUGUGCUACAUGCUCAACGGCGGGAUCCUCCCCGACGAAGUGAACGCGACCGUCCAAGCUUUCCUGCCCAAAGGUGAGGAACCAGAGGACUCGGAACAUCACGGCUGCCAUCGAGACCCGCCCAAAGUCCGUGUCCUUGGAUUGCGCAACACGUCCCUCAAGAUAAUCAGCAGCACGAUGAAUGCUGCGACGGCAACGGUGGCAGCCGAGGACAUGCUGCCCGUGCUCGUGUCGCUGGACAUCGCGCAGGCCUUCCCCAGCUUCGCCCACCAGUUCAUCCGCCUGGCGCUCAAGGCCAUGGGCGCUCCUGAAGCGAUCCUCAUGUUCUUCGACUCCAUGUGCAACAACAUCCUCGCGAUGGCCCCGUGCGCUGGUCAGUACGUCCCGCUCUUCUAUAUCAGGUCAGGCAUCAUCCAAGGAUGCGGCUGGAGCGGCACGCUCUACGCACUGGGCACUGCAUGCUUCCUCCUCAACCUCGAGACCGUCCCCGAAGCCCAAGGCCGUGGACUUUGCCGUGCAUGCGCUGAUGACCUCGGGCUCGCCCUUCGGGCCUCCGCCUACCUGGUCUACCUCGCCGACGUCAUGCUCUGCAUGGAAAUCCUGGCCGGUCUGGAGUUGAAGGCGCCGAAGUGCCACAUCAUCCCCCUGGCAGGCCAGGUCAACGCCGACCUCAUCCUCAAGCUCAAGAACGCGCUGCUCAACAUCGUCCCGAAGUUCAAGGACUUCAACAUAUGCGACCGCCUCACCUACCUCGGCCUCUUGCUGGGCCCUGGUGCCACGGACCAGCUCAUCUACGCGAAGGCCUUCAACAAGUACCGCUCCCGAGUCAUGGCGCACAGCGCAAGCGAUGCGCCAGCCGUCGGGGCAAGCUGGAUCAACGCCUCCAUCCUGCGCUUCCCGAACGGCGCCUUCAGGUUGAAGGACUGGCCCUUCCUGGAGGACUGGGGAGUUCCCGCGCCGAGGUCGCUCCAGCUCAGCAUGCUAGCGACGAUCGUCCGCGCGGUGACCUCGACAUUCAACAAGUUCACCGAGAUCCGUGAGAGGCUGCACGCAGGCUUGAACUCCUACGGCCUCCAGCAGUCCCUCGGGGGUGCCGCGCGGGGCGCCCUCCAUCUUUCACCGCCGUGGUGGAAGACGCAGGCCUUCGUAGAGACGAUGCACCAGAUCGCGACAGCCACCUCUGACCACGUGCACUACCCCCGCCAGCUUGUGGCGCCAGCGGUCGAGGCCGCGCGGGCGGCUGUCGCCAACGAGCAGCCUGGCCUUGCGCAGAAGCAUGCUUUCGCCUCGGCCUUGGCCACCCGCGGGCCCGACGGCAUCGGGCCCUUCCUGUUGGACCGCAUCGUGAAAGAGCUCCCACGCGCCGGCGAGCUCUUCAUCCACAACCCCGCCAUCAUGCACGACAUCCAGACCGCCAUGAAAAGGCUGCCCCCAUCGUGGGCGACAGCGUGGAUGAGGACGCUGUCCUUCUCGUGGCUCACGUCCUACCGCAUCGCCUACCCGAGCGGCAGGCGCCAGUGCAUCUUCGGCUGCGCCAGCGGCCAAGACAAGAUGCGCCACUACCUGGUCUGCGCGCCGCUGGCGCAGGCUGCGGGGCGCGCUUGCGGCGCGCCCCCUCUCUCCACCGAGUUCGCGAAGCUCGGACUCGCCGACCAGUCCAACGAGAGCGCCGAGUCCAUCGCGGUCGCCUGCCCCACGUACCACGUGCUCAGGCAGGAGACCCACAUUUCGGCGGAGGCCACCCCGACGGCCGCUAGGGCGGCAUUGAGGGCCACGAAGACCUUGAAGAAGCCGGAGAUGCCGACGUACAUCAUCCACUUCGGCUCCGCGGAGCCGCCGCUGAUCACGAUCAGCAUCCAGUUCACGUCCGAGGCCGCCAUUCGUAUCGCCUCGAGCUUUGUGCCGAGCUUCCAUUUCGCUCCGAGCCUCGUGCCGAGCAUCCAUAUCGUUUCGCCGAGUCCUCUGCCGUGCAUCCGCAUCGCCUGGCAGAGUGCUGCCCCGAGCCUCACAGCCGUCGUGACGACCGCCCCCAUCGUCGCGAAGAACCCCGCAGCGAUGGCCGCCGCCACGAUGACCGCCAGCACCGACGAGAAGAACCUCGCCGAGAUGGCCGUCGCGCUACACGCGCACACUUGGAACACCGUGGCAACACAGGCACGGACCCCCCUGAUGGACCCGUUCCGCCGGGCCGACUUCAACGUCGCGGCCUACGUGCGGGACACCACCGGGCAGGGCCACGAGCGCGCAGCGCGCGUCGGGCGCCAGCUGGAGGAGGCCCACUCCUCGCUGGAGGAGGAGCUCCAGCAAAAGAUCGUGGACUGCCACGAGGAGCUGCUGCAGAGCGCGGGGAGCAUCAGCGAGCUCGACGGGCAGCUCGGCGACGUGCGCGAGGUCGUCGAGGCUCUCAAGGCGUCCAUCGCCCGCGUACGGGGGGACGUGCUGUCGCCCUUCCAGGGCGUCAAGAGGCGGGCGAUCCUGUUGGAGCGAAUGCAGGCCGUGAAUGUGCUCGUGCGGCGACUGUUGCGUUUCCUCUUCGACGCGCGCAAGCUGCGCACACAGAUGGAGGCCCCUGGCAAAGAUUUCUCGAAGGCGGCAUAUACCAUCCACGAGCUGGAGCUCGUGCUGGAGGACAGCAGCCUGGAGCGCGUGGAUUUGCUCCGUAAUGAGGUUGCGUGGAUCCGCGAGACGAGCGCGCGGGUCCGCAAGCAGGCUGAUGAGGACCUCAGGAACGGCGUGAAGCAGGGCAACCAGCUGGCAUUGAGCAUGGCACUGCAGGUAUUUUUCAGUCUGCGCUGCCUCCGUGCGCAGCUGCAGCAGGUGCUGUCGGAGCUGCUAGAGGAGCUGAAGCAGGUCCCCUUGCAGGCGGGGGCCGGUUUCCAGCAGUCGCUGGAGAUCAACUUACAGGUGUUGACUGCACAGGCGCACCGUGUCUACGUGCUCGACGAGCUGGUCCGAGCCAAGACGGAUCCGCUGACGCACCGGAGCUUCGCGUCCGUGCUGGAGGAGGAGGGCGUCUCUUCCCUCAUUGGCAGCUUCUGGGCGGACGCCGCUGCCGUCAUCAGGGCGAAGUUCAUGAAGGUCGCGCAGGACCGCACCUCUGGCCGCGCCCUCGUCGCGGAGUGCCCCAAGAUCCUCCAGGCCCUCACCGAUGCGAUGGACAAGCUGCAGGCGGCCGGCCGCGGGCGCACGCCGAUCCUGAAGGCCGCGGAUAGGGCGCUGCUCGUGGCGGCGGCCGGCGAUCUGCGCGACGAGUUCAUCCGGGAGUCCAUCAAGCGGUUGACGGAGCCGGUGGAGAUGAUGCUGCCCAACAAGCUGCUGGCGUCCAUGUCGUCGGGGGGCGACCGCUUCGGCGGCGGACCUCAGGGGAGUGAUGCCAGCGACCACGACCUCCCCACCUCCCACGACCUACGCCGCUACGCGCAGCUGCUUGCCUCGGAGCUGGAGCGGUGCGAGUGCUGCCCCGAGCUGCUGCUGAAGGACGUGGUGCGGAACGUGCGCAGCUCGAUCCUCUUCUUCACGACCAGGCUGGAGCAGAUCGUCGACACGUCCUGCGCGGAGCUCGGCUGCUUCGAGACGGAGGAGCCCCCGAGGCUGCGCUCCCCGCUGCCGAUGCCCUCCGCGGGCCACGCGCGGAACGCGCGGCUGUACGGCAUCGCGCAUCACACCUUGGCGCUGCUGAAGGAUGUGAUUCCCAACCGGUUUCAGGCCACGGUGGUCACGCCCCAGGUGCUGACCACGCUGCAGCAGACCCAGGAGUCUAUCGUCAUGCCCUCGCUCGGCCCCCUACAGCGCGUGCUCGCACACGCCUGCCUCCACAGGGAGGCCCUCGGCGAGCGCACGGAGGAGGGCUCGCCGUCGCUGCUGGCCGCGUGCCAGGCGGCCAGCCACACAAGCAAGUACCUCCUGGCGCUCUUCGGCGGCGGGCAACUGCUGGCGCACCAGAAGCGGCUGUGCACCCUUGCUAUCAGGUCGUUCCUGUCCUCCGCCGCGCUCGCGAAGCCCCGCGGCGAGGCGCUGCGGCGCGCGCUGGUGCAGGACAUGCAGACGCUCGAGACCGCUCUCUGCGCCAUCGACCCCGAGUUCCAGUCCCACGUGCAGCACGAGGCUCUGGUGUUCGCGGAGUUUCGCAAGCUGGUGUUCAUCCAGUCUCUGGAGAGCGCCGACUUGGACGGGCUCGCCGAAGGCAUCCCGCAGCACUUGCUCCUCGCUUUCCUCGUCCACGGCCUGCCAGAGAGCGUGCCCAGCCUCUCGGCAUUCGCUGGCGUGCCCGAGAGCACCUACAUGGAGUCCAGCUUCCUGCCCCUCUGGGAGGACCAGCCGCAGGCACUGGCGGCGUUCCGCCGCAGCGUGGCAGAGCUGUGCGACAGCAGCGGCCUGGACCCAGGGGAGUCCACGGUGGUGGCGUUCAUCCUGGCGAGGCUUGACGCUGUGUUCGACAGGUGGGUGCCCAGGCUGCUCGAGCUCAAUUCGCCUGUCCCCUGCGUGGAUCUCCUCCGCGAGGCCGCGGCGGCGGACGCGACCGUCGGCGCGCCAGGGGAGGGCACGCUGGCCGCGGAGGUCUGGCGGCUCUGGCGGGAAGACGCAAACAUCGCAGCGGCGGUCACGGUGGAGUUUUGUGCCAGCAAGGAGUGCGCGGACUUCGACGACUGGGGCGAGAAGGGUGGCACCAGGAAUCUCGGGUGCUCGCGGGGAAGGCCUGUGCCCGCGCAGCCGAUGAAGCCCCACGCCGCCCGCAGCCAGCCGCGCGCCGCAUCCGGUGCGCUGGCCCGCGCGGGGCGCGCGCGCGCCCCCAUGUCACCGGGGCUGGACCCGCCUCCGGGCCAGUCCGCGGGCUCGGCGCCAGCGAGCCAGGAGGGCGACGUGCCGUGCGUGAGGGAGCUGCUGCUGGCCCACUUCCAGAACCCCUACCUGGAGGUGGAGGGCAAGCUCGGCCACCGCACGGACCGGAGCGACUUCCGGGACAAGUUCACCGCCGGCGUCAGCGCGAGGCAGUUCGAGCAGCUGGAGACGAGGCUCUGCGGAGGGGCGGCCUUCCUGGGCCUGCCCGCGGGCGACCUCCCCGCCCUCGAAGUGACACUGGACCGCUUCGUGCUGCACCCGGACGACCCCAGGCGCAGGCGCGUAGCGCGCGCCGCUUCGGGGGCGAGGCAAAAUUGGCGCCUCAGCUACACCUGCGACGGCGCUGGGCGCCCCGCGGGAGAGCCCUUCGAGUCGCUGCACAAGACGCGCAUCUCGGACUGCCACGUGGCCAGCACGCCGAGCACCGACAGCGACGUCUCGUCGCCGCCGCGGCCAGCCGUGCGCCCUGUGGCCAUCCGCGUAUCCUUCAGCGAGGAGGCCCCGGACUCGCCGGGCGGCGCGCCCCCGGUGCUGCAGGAGCGGCUGAAGCGCAGGAGAACUUGGAAGUCGCCCUUAUUCCACAUCCAGCUGACGCGCGUGGAGAUGGAGGGGCGUCAGUCCUUCGAGGUGGAGGUGGAGCUGCAGAUGGAGGUGGUCCGCGCGCGGCUCGAGGACACCAGCGGUCGCGCGGAGCAGGCUCGGCUCGUCGCGCGAGAGCUCUCCGCAGCGCUCCGCGGGCUGGCCGCGUGGGCGGCCGAGGUGCCCAGAGAACGGAAGCGGAAGCGGCUGGAGGACUUCCACGGCGCUCUGCCCACGAUAAAGGCCGCCCUCGAGAGGCCAGAGGUGUCCGAGGAGCUGCACAGGCUGGUGUCCGAGGGCCCGGGCACGCUGCACAAGGCGAAGCGCUACCUGCACGGGGUCCGUCCGCGCGCGGCCCAG